ACGGGAUGACGUAUCUUGCUUAAGAACCACGUCCUGCCACACACGUUCAUUCAUUGAUUCAGCGCCAGAGGAGCCCACCACAGCCGGUAGUUUCUGUGUUUCUAUCGGGUGUUUUGAUGGUUUACUUCGAUAUCUUCGUGCUUUGCUUCACUUUUACACUCUGGACGGACUUUGUGCCUUUUAGCACGGCAGUACAGACGGGCGUUAAAGUUAAGGUGAUCGGGUCCAGUCGGCCAAUCGUGGUCGCCCCGGGCGACGACGUCGUCCUGCCGUGCCAGUUGGACCCCGGGGAGGACGUGCAGGACAAGACGGUGGAGUGGUCCAAGCCGGACCUGAAGCCGGACCCGUCGGACCGGCUGAGCCGCGUCGCGUACGUGCACCUGUACCGGGACAAGCGGGAGGUCCCGGACAUGAAGAUGCCGGCGUACGCCGAGAGGACGGCGCUGUUCACGGACGCCCUGAAGGACGGGAACAUCUCGCUGAAGAUCGACAACGCCACGCUCGGGGACACGGGCCGGUACCGCUGCUACGUCCCCAAGUUAGACUGCAGCUCGAUCGUCCAGCUCGUGGUCGGUCAGUAA